CCCAAUCUGCUCCUGCCUCAUGGCAACCAAUGGCGCUGGCCCUCAUCCUGGGUGAGUGACAGUGGGGAUGUGGUGCCACGGGGGUUGGUGGCCCUGUGUGGGACCAGGACUAUGUCCCUUGCAGGUUGGUGUCUGGUGGCAGCGAGCAGGGCACAGCAGCUGCCCCCACCCUCCCUGUGGCUUCACCCCAGCCACAGGGUGUCCCUGGGGGACAAUGUCACCCUGCGGUGCCACCUGCCCCAGCAAGCUGCCUGGGUCCAGCUCUGGUUUAAUGGAACUUUGAGAUCUGACAAGGAAAAAGACAAGGAGCAAGAUACAGUGGAGUUCUCCUUGGUUGUCACAAACCUGGAAGACACGGGGACAUAUCAGUGUCGGUACCAGGUGUCAGAGCCACUGUGGACAUCGAAUAUGAGUGACCCCGUGGAGCUGGUGGUGACAGGUGAGGGCACUGGGGACAGUAGGUGGACCUGAGCUUUCCCGAAUGGCCAAGUCCCAUCUCUACUCCUUGCACACAAACCACAGCUAC